AUGGAGUCGAUCGUUGAGAUAAGCGAAUCCACCGAGAUCACAAGUUUAGUGUUGAAUCUGAAGGACGAUGUAAUACGGCGAUUCGCAGGAGGUGUCGUUAUUCCCUCCGGCAGAUCUCAUGUGACUUUCAACAUCGACGAGCACAAGGAUAUUACCACACAUAUGAUGCAAAGAUAUGGCAAGGAUACAUAUUCACAUGCUUUCGGUGCUGUCUUCGGGCCCGGUACCACUGUUCUUCGUGGUCCAUAUUCUUAUGCGAUCGUGGUUGUCGCAUCACUUGAGGGGGCCAUGUAUAAGGUCAAUGAACAAGACCCAAAAUCCUGCAACCUAAUACAUGCUCAGCGAGUUGAAUGUACUAUCCAGGUAGCAUCUGGGCAGCUCAUGGCUAUGGUGUUCGCUUGGAGGUCGUAG